GUAGCGGUUCCAUCGCGUAGUUCUGUAAACGAAAAUUUUUUAAAUGAACUAAUUAUAGACAAUAUAUGGAACCAUUAAACUUUUUUUUGUUCUUAAAUUUAUUUUUGUAAAUUUUUAAGUGACGUAAAUAAUGUGUUUUGGAAAGUUUGUCAUUUUGGAGGUGAAAUAAGGCUACAUAAUAUGCAUGGAGUGCGCGGAGGUAUCAGGCCGGCACCGGACGCGCACAGUGUACCGCCAGCCUUAUCUGUAAUGAUGCAGUAGUCGAGAAUUUGGGAUGAAUAGUGCCGGCGAAGGAACAAUAAUGAAUGCUACAGAGACUAACCUUGAUUUCAAUAGAUCGACGCCUAUAUUUACUAUUGGGACCAACUUCAUUACUCAGUGGAAACUUCAGAAAUUCAAGCAGCGUCCAUGUAUAUCCAGUUUCUCUGAAUGCGAAGACUUCAUCAGCAAUGUUACCAACUUCACUGAUGGCUACUACUUCAACUCAUCCAUCGAAGAUGUACCGAAUCAAGUGCAACCCGUUCUCCCGCCGUUUCCCAUGUGGCUGGCGUCAAUCAUAGCCGCAUGCUUGAUCCUGGUAAUCCUUCUGACCGUCAGUGGGAAUGUUCUGGUUCUCCUUGCGUUUCUUGUGGACAGAACUAUUCGUCAACCGAGCAAUUACUUCAUCGCCUCCCUGGCUGCUACUGAUUUAUUGAUUGGUACUUUAUCGAUGCCGUUUUAUACAGACUACGUUUUGAAAGGGUACUGGCAUUUAGGACCAUUAUUGUGUGACCUUUGGCUAUCCGUCGAUUACACCGUAUGCCUUGUGUCACAAUACACAGUUCUUUUGAUAACGGUCGAUAGAUUCUGCAGUGUUAAAAUAGCGGCACGAUACAGAGCAUGGCGAACAAAAAAUCGAGUUAUAUGGAUGGUCACAGUUACUUGGAUAGUGCCAGCAUUGCUAUUUUUCACUACAAUUUUUGGAUGGGAACAUUUUGUAGGUUAUAGAGAUCUGCAAGAAGGAGAAUGUGCCGUACAAUUUCUGAAAGACCCUGUAUUCAACACAGCUUUAAUUAUUGCUUAUUAUUGGACUACACUUGUAGUAUUGAUAGUACUCUAUGCUGGUAUUUUUAAAACUGCGUAUGACAUGCAAAAGAAAAGUGAAGCAAAACAAAGGAAAAUGCAAUCGAUGGUGGCGCUCAGUGCAGGUGUUAUGACAGGCAUGGCUGGUAGAGCAGCGGGCAUGGCAACGCUAUCCAAAGCUACUGUAUCAAGUGAAGAUCAAAUCAAGGUAUCGGAAACUAUCCGUAAAGAUUCAACACCAAAAGGGUCUUUAGCUGCACCUCAGUUGAAUUUAGGUGGUUCUUCGGAUUCUAAUUCCAGUCAAAAAUCUUCCGCUCAUAAAAGCAGCGCUACAGCAACAGGUACUACAACAACAGAAUCAGAGGCAGACAAGAAAGAGGAAAAUGUCGAGCCCGAAAGAUCAAGCAGCCCAGCCUUUGAUUCAGAUGACGAAAGUACUACUCAGACUAACUUAAAGAAACGCUCUUCCGUUGCCAAUUUGGUGAUGCAAACUAGUACAAUGCAAUUACUUAGUAACAUGCGUUUAAAUGGUGGUAUGCUCUUGAAACCUGAAGCAAAAUCAUCCCAGCCAAUUAAGUAUGAAAUUGAAAAACAAAAAUCUACACUGUCUCAAAUAUCAGAGAAAAGUAUACUCGACAUAGAGAAUGUUCAAUCUCAAAAUGGACAAACACCUGCCGUAAGUGUGCCUCUUUCAUCCACUAGCAACAUGUCGCCUUCAUCAUCAGGAAUAGCUACACCAUUAGAGAGAGAAGUAUCAACUACAAUCGCUCAAAGAAUCAUUCCCCCUCCAUCAGAGUUUCGCUGCAGUCCCACGGUCUCUGAAAGUCCACCAUCUCAUUCGGAAUCAUAUAGACCUAAGUUCCCUAAGCCAGUUAAAUGUGAUGGAAGCGGGUUCGAUAUUCUAAUAGGUCUUGAUGGUGCUGAUUUACGAUAUAUGGAUGAAUGCUCAGUUAUUGUUCCCACACCACAAAAUGAAAGUCCACCAUCUUCUAUCACAUUUCCAACUGCUACUGAACCAUCAUCCCCACCCACAUUAAAUUCUGGUAAUAUAACAAAUACUUCCUUAUUGCAGGCUGCUCUUAUACGAGCAACAGCUGAAGCACAAGUAACACAACCCAAACCAAAUGUAGCACUUCCACAACCACAACCCGUUAAAGUUAAUACAGAGGUAAGUUUAACAACCGGCGAACGUCCAAAACCUAUCAUCACCCUUGUGACGACUUCUUCAAAUAAUAAUGAGACACAGACAUCAAAACCGACCGAAAACAAAACUGCUUCAAUCAGACUUAAUACAGGUUUAAGUCCAGGAAUUGAAAGUAGUGAUAUAUCAAGUCCAGCGAUAAGCGGGCCAUGUCGAGGUGAUUCUAGAAAAGAGCUUGUUAAAAGUAUAGGAAAGAAAUUCAAAGUACGGCGAUCCAAACGCGAUGGACUCUUUCCUGGUAUAGGGAGACAAAAGUCUAAAUCAGAAAAUAGAGCUAGGAAAGCGUUCAGAACCAUAUCUUUUAUUUUAGGCGCGUUUGUUGUUUGUUGGACACCAUAUCACAUAUUAGCUUUAGUUGAAGGUUUUUGUCGAAACCCACCUUGCAUAAACCAGCACUUGUAUAUGUUUUCCUACUUCCUAUGUUAUGCAAACAGUCCAAUUAAUCCUUUUUGCUACGCGCUAGCAAACCAACAAUUUAAAAAGACUUUCAUGAGACUUUUAAAGGGCGAUUUUCAUGUCACUUAAGCUGAUAUGGCUAACGCACACAUUAAAAUAGGUGUAACAAGAUCUUCUAUUCUAGGACAAUAUUAUGGUAAUAAGGUAGCUAACGCUUUUGAUGUAUAGAAAUUGUGUAUACGUAAUAUAAACGUAUUUUUUUAAGUCUAGUUUAAUGUACGAGAAUACUUCUUUGUAGCUUUAAUAAUUGUAAAUAAUAACUGUACUAUAUUUAUAAUUGUUACAUGUACUUAUGUAUAAUUAAUUAAUUGUUCGAAACAGACAAUAACACUUGUACAUAUGUUAAAGAUAAAAGUCUCUUUAUAUCUAUAAGACUUAGCUAUGAAAACUAGCAAUAUUUUCAGUAUUUUAAUGACUUAAGUGUUAACAUAAUUAGCUGCAUUCCAGUUUUUACAAACUGGUAAAACAAUUUUUAAUUUCGUUAGAAUAGUCCUUAAAAUGCUCAUUUAUAUGAAACGCUUUAAAGCUCUUAGCAUUGAGCCCAGCUAAAGUUUUUUAGCGUUUAAUAUUGUCAAUUACCUAUUUUGUAAUUAUGUAGUUAAAUAUAAUUUGUAAGUGUUUGUACAUUAGGAAAAUAGUAUUUAUGUUAAAUAAAAUUUUAAAUAUAAAUUACAACUAUGUUAAAGAAUCUAUGUUAUUAUUUGAAUUGUCCGUUUUAGCGUAAUAUGUUGAAUUAUGUUCAGGCUUUGUUAUAAUCAGAUAUGUAGUGUGAAGUACUAUGUUUGCAGUUAUGCGUAAUGCACGUAGUUUUACCACAAGUCAGUUUGACCGGUUCCUAACUUGUUAUAUGGAGCUUUGAACAAUAUAGGCACAGAAUACUGAAUAUAAACUCAAAGAGUCUCAUUUUCACUAAACUAAGUUGUCAUAAAAAUUGUAUGCAUCUUCAGCAAUAUUCUAUGUAAGGUUUGCUUUAUUACCACAAAAAGUAUCAAGUCUUAUUCACUUCGUAGAUUCAUGAAACUUCUUAGUCGCAGUCCUUUGUUGUAUGUGAAACUUUUAUUUUCAAGAAUGUCCCUUAAACUAUUAUCAAAAGUUUAUUGAAGAUUUUUAGUUUGUGCAAUAUUUUAUGCAAACUUUAAUUUCUCUAUUUUCUUAUGAACAUGAUUUAUGAUAGUAAUUUUAUUUUUUUAUUUUUAUUUUAUUUUAUUCAUCAAUCAAUACUUAAACUUUUUCAUUUAUUACGCUGUCAUACUUAUAACAUCAUAAUUCAGGCGUAUUCAAACUACCAAUUUUAUAAGUACCUGUUAAAAAAACAAAAAUGAAAGACAAAAGUGAAAUAUAAGUAGAUACAAUAGUUGAAUAGGUUUAAAUGUAACUUUAUAAAGUCUCGAAUAAAUAUAUUAUUGUAUAUUAUGUUAUGUAAAGUUACCUACUCACGCACACUAAUAAUAGUAAUAAGGUUUAGUGAACAAUGUAUGUACAAUUAUGAUUGAAAUGCAUUGUAAAAGCUCAUUUAAUAAAGAUAAAGUUUUAUCGCUGGAACGUGUGGUUUGUUAUAUGAAAGAGUUUUAGUGUGUUAGAAAAUCUACAAAACCUUCACGUAUUGUUUCGUUGUACAAUAAUAUAAUAGUACUUAUUCAACGUAUUUUCUGUUUACUCUCGAAUUUUAUUACCAAUUCAAUAUUAACACCAUAGUAUAAACAUACAGAAGAAGAUAAACACCUUCUUCUAACUGUGGGUAUUUUAAUUAUUCUUACUAUCCUUAACAUGAAGCCCUUCUUUAUAUGUACUUAAAAUUUCAUAACGUUACUUAUACUAGAUAGGAUAUAUAUUUUUAACCCUGAAAUAUCAAAAAUAAUUACUAAACACUCAUUAAAGUACUUAUAUCUAGUCAUUUUGGGUUCGAUCCCUAUUACGGGUAUAUAUGUGAUGAAUAGGAAUAUUUAUUUACUCGAAUCUGAGUAUUGGUAAGUUAUGGGGGGGUUAGCGGUAUGUCUCAGCAGUACUUAUUCCAGAGUGAGAAAGAGACGGCGCUAUCAGAACCGUGUAAUUUCGUCCCUUUCCCACACUUAAUAUUGCUAUAUGACAUGGAUAACCUGUAUUUACAUGUUAUGUUUCAGUAUGUUUAUUAAUUGUUAGUUGUAAUUUAGUUUAAUUUUAGGUACCACGACGUACCUAUAAAAGAUAGAAUAAAGAAAAUAUGAAACUCUCCAGUGAAUGCGUGAUAAUAAAUAUUUUAUGAUACUAUCAACAUUACCACAUUAUGUGUUCUUAUAUUUUUAACAUAUUUUUAGGUGAUUCUCAAAGUUAAUGAUACUUCAUUCACAAGUGUAGUAUUUCAUACUCGUUUAUAAUUACCUACUAGUUAUCUAACUUUAUUUUGUAAUAGAAUUUUGCCUCUAUCUUUUUGGUUGAUUUUAAUUUGAUUUAAAAAUAAGUAAGUAGAUAUUUCCCAACUUCUCAAAGAAAUUUGUAUUAAAUUUGUCAGUGAUAAUAAAGAUAAAAACAGCUAAAAUUAAGUGUCGUUUUAGAAUUUUUCCUCAUUGCUAUUAAAUAAACUUAGCUAUAUAUUAGUUACCAAUGUAAAAGUUGUAAAAAAUCAAAUUGUCAAUGUUAUAAAUUGUUCUUAUGAAAAUAUU